AUGUCUACAAAUCGAAAAGCAGCUGCUGCUGCUCAAGCACCUUCAACUAGAACUUUGGUUGUUGACAAUGGAGCUUACACCAUCAAGGCCGGUUUCUCCUCUCCAGAAUCCACAGAUUCGCCGCGAAUUAUACCUAACUGUAUCGCCCGCGACCGCGAAAAGAAAGUUUACAUUGGAUCGCAGUUGGACAACUGUAAGGAUUUUGGAGACAUCGUUUUUCGUAGACCUGUUGAAAAAGGGUAUUUGGUGAACUGGGAAGCAGAAAAAGAGAUAUGGGAGCACGAAUUCUUUGACAAAAAAGCACCGCUGCAUUGCGAUCCACGAGAGACAGGACUAAUAUUGACAGAGGCCCCUAAUGCGCUACCGGCUCUGCAGACAAACUGUGAUCAAAUGGUGUUUGAGGAAUUCGGUUUUGCUAACUACUAUCGAUGCCCUGGUCCAAUACUCAAUGCGUAUAAUGAUAUUCAAGGAAUAUUCAAAGGGCCAGCUCGAGAUCCAUCACAGCCCCUCCUACCUGCCGAAAUAAUUCUUCUCAUCGAUGCCGGAUAUUCUCAUACGACCAUCACGCCUGUUCUACAAGGUCGCCCUCUACAAUCAGCGAUCCGGAGAUUAGACGUGGGAGGCAAGCUCAUGACAAAUUACUUGACACGGUUAAUAUCUCUCCGGCAGUAUGACAUGCGUAAUGAUACCUAUUUGGUCAACGAGAUCAAGGAAGCAUGUUGUUAUGUCUCAAGGGACUUCAAUGGCGAUAUGGAGAAAACAUGGAAAGGAACCAGAGGAGACCGCAGAGAAAUUUUUGAGACAGGUGGUGGAAUAGCGAAAGAUUACGUUCUCCCUGAUUAUCAUAACCGAUCUCAAGGUUUCGUGCGCGACCAUGAUCCAUUACAAGCAGGGAAAUUAAAACAGUUGACGAAAGGGAAGAUGGCGGAAGCUGCGGAAGAUAUUUUGACGUUGAGAAACGAACGAUUCACGGUUCCGGAAUUACUUUUUAAUCCUUCGGAUAUUGGUAUGCGACAAUCAGGCAUAGCUCAAUUAGUCAUGGAAAGUCUUUCUUCCUUACCCAUGGGUCUAUGGCCAGCUCUCCUCGCAAAUAUCAUUGUCGUAGGAGGCAGCUCAAAGAUAGAAGGAUUCAUUUUGAGGCUUCAGCUUGAGAUCAAGGCACUUGCACCAGCAGAAUGUUACGUCCGUUGUGCGAGACCAGAACAUCCGAUUAUCAGCACUUGGAAUGGUGGGGCAGAAUUGGCGAAACAUCCAGAUGUCUUGAAGAAGUUAUCAGUAACGAAGCAAGAGUAUGACGAAUUUGGAAGCGCUUGGGUCGCAAAGAAGUUUGGAGGCAAAUAA